UCACAAAGUGACCUGCCAUCACAUAUGUGAAACACAGCAGACAUUGAUUCAGUCAGCAUUGUUUUAGUGAUUAUCAUUAUAAUACCUUCUAAUAGCUAUUGAUUAACCAUGACAACUCAUGUCUCCAAGUCGAGCCAGGCCACCCAGGAAAAGAGGCCCCUGGAGGAGAGCCUUAGUAAUGGGGUGUCGGAUAUUGAGGUCUGGAAACGAGAACCCAGUCACAGAGUGUUUGUAAACAGAAGUUUGAAUCUGGACAAGAUCAAGUUCUUUGGUUUUGAUAUGGAUUACACACUUGCAGUGUAUAAAUCCCCUCAAUAUGAGACAAUGGGAUUCAACAUGUUGAAAGAACGUUUGAUAACUAUUGGUUAUCCAGCAAACAUCAAAGAAUUUGAAUAUGACCCCAAAUUUCCUUGCAGGGGACUGUGGUUUGACAAACAAUUUGGAAACCUGCUGAAAGUGGAUGCAUAUGGAAACAUUUUGGUCUGUGUACAUGGCUUCAAAUUUCUGAAAGGGUCAGAAAUAGGAGAAUUAUAUCCCAACAAGUACAUCAACCUGGAUGAGAAGAGAGUCUAUGUUCUCAACACGUUAUUUCACCUCCCAGAAACCUACAUGCUUGCCUGCCUGAUUGAUUACUUCACAACCAGUACAGAAUUUGAGAGGUCAACAGAGGGGGUGAGGUGUGGGGAGCUGUAUAUGUCCUACAAGUCAAUAUUCCAAGAUGUCAGGUCUGCGGUAGACUGGGUCCAUUUCUAUGGAAACUUGAAAACGGACACUCUGGCCAAUUUGGAGGAGUAUGUUCACAAAGACCCAAGAUUGCCUAUUCUACUUGACAGAAUUCGUGAAAGUGGCAAGAAGACCAUGAUUAUCACAAAUAGUGAUUACGAAUAUUCUAAUAAAAUAAUGGAAUAUCUGACAGACUUUCCAGAGACAAAAGGCAGAAAGUGGACAUCUUACUUUGAUUAUGUUGUUGUGGAUGCUAAGAAACCUUUAUUCUUUGAAGAAGGGACCAUCCUUAGAAAAGUAGACACUACUUCCAGUAAACUAAGUAUUGGUCACCAUAUGGGGAAACUUGAACAACACUGUGCAUAUUCAGGAGGGUCCUGUGAGGUCAUCUCUCAGAUGAUUGGUGCCCAGGGUAAAGAUGUGCUCUAUGUGGGAGACCAUAUAUUUGGGGAUAUUCUGCGGUCUAAGAAGCAGAGAGGAUGGAGAACAUUUCUGGUGGUUCCCGAACUCUCCACGGAGCUCCAUGUAUGGACUGAUCAGUCAGAACUGUUUAACAAAAUCAAAACUCUGGAACAAACCCUCAGUUAUAUCUACAAAAACUUAGACAGCAGUAAUUUGGAAAAACCAGACAUAACCAAUGUCCAGAGAGCCAUGAUGGACACAGUGCAUGAAUUAGACUUGUCGUAUGGAAUGCUUGGAAGUUUAUUCCGAAGUGGUUCCCGGUUAACCUUCUUCUCUUCACAGGUCCAGCGAUUUGCUGAUAUUUAUGCGGCUUCUGUCAUCAACCUUAUCCAUUACCCCUUUACCUACAUGUUCAGAGCACCUGCAAUGUUGUUGCCUCAUGAAUCGACUGUGUCACAUGAGACCACAGCACCGGCUGAUGACUUUACUAUCGCUAGACAACGAUCUGUGAGUUCUGGGUCCAAGUACGCCAAAGUUCACCACUUACCCCACUCUCGUCCCUCCACCCCGACAAAAGUCACCCAUCACCACGACGACGACGACUUUGAGGAGACCAGUAGUAACAGCAGUGAUAAAUCAUCGUAAUUAUUUCAGAUUUCUAUCACUCUGUGAAUUCGGGUGAUAAAUCAUUGUAAUUAUUUCAGAUUUCUAUCACUCUGUGAAUUCGGGUUUCAAUGUGCAAUGAAAAUCAAUUCAGGAACAGGUUUGUUCACAUUGGUUGUCUUAUACCAUUUGCCCUGAUUUUUUUUUUUAUUAAGUACCUCUUAAGUAAGCUAACUUGAAGGCUGUGACAGUACACCUUUUAUUUAAUGAUUGCCUAAAACCAGUAGUGCUAUAUUUCAAAGUAAUAUGUUGAGUACAAUAUUUAUGUACAUUAUAUGUUAUGUUUUUGUAAACUGACUGGAUCUUUGUGUAUAUUUUUGUUCUUUGUAUGUUUGAUAUAUGUAUUUUUUAUUUUUGUCAUGCAAUUAUCUUCUUUCUUUGAAAUUUAAUUGUUGAAUGAGAUAUUUUUGAGUACACAUGUAUAUGCAAUUAUCUAGUCAAUAUUUCACAAUUUUUCUAUAAGUUUGCACUUUUAAUCUGAUUUAUUGAAUACGUACGCGUACUAUGUGACAAAAUUAACUUUUUAUAGAUAAAUAUGGAGUUUUGAAUCUGUGCCAUCUGCUUUACAUAUGGGACCAUUUUGAUGCUGAAAAUUUUACUAUUUAUGAUUUUUGCACAUGCACACCUAAAAAUAUCCCCCAACCAAAUACCUGAAUUUCAACAGUUGAAUGUGAAUUCAAAUAGAAGAAAAUAUACAUAAAACAUAUACUACUCUUGUAUUACGGAACUGAAACCUAAAGUAUGAAAAAGAUAAUUUUAAAAUCAUAGUCAUUAUUUAGCAAGUCAGCAAUGAAAAAGGUAUUAUAAUAAAAGGAUUUUUUAAAAAGAUGUCAUUUUAAACAAGAUAUUGAGAGUCAAUUCAAUCAACUUAGAUAUAUUCUAACCUGCUUGUGCAAUAAGAACCUCCGCUGACCUCCCGUUUGCUAGCUGUCAUCUGUAGAUCUUCACUGUAGGCUCCACACACACUGGACACUGUGUUUAUCAUUGUCCAACCAUCAGGUAUUGCAUGAUUGUGUUGUUUUCAGUAUUUAAACUUUUAUUGUACAUGUAUAUGUAAUUUUAAUUAUCACAAGUGCAAUUACAAUUUUUGAACUAUUUUUGUCUUUUAUGUUAACCUUGUCUCCAAGUUUUACCAUACAGACUUGCAUUACAGUGUUAUGUUUGAUGUUAGUGUGUAAAGAUUGUUGUAGAAGUACAGUGAUGUUGUUAAUGUUUAUAAAAAAUUACUGUAAAGCUUUCUCAGAGAAAGGUACCAGGUGCCUUUUUCUUAUCGUAACAGAGAAAUCUAGCGAUGGUUUCUUGGGAAAAUACAACAUUUGCGAUGUGGACCAGUGGUCUUUGUUACAUGUGUCAAGAUCUUACAUUCUAUUUGUUAUACUGUUGUGUUUUUUAUUUCAGUAAGAUUUUAUUUUUUACCAGUAUGAUGUGACAUCUGAGGUGAACUGAGAGACUUAUGAGAAUUUAUAUCAUAAAAAUUUUAAUUAUUUAUGUUAUUUUAGGUUUUUAUUUAGUAUAGACAUAUGAUUGCAUAUUAGGUACUUAUUCAUGUACAUGUAUUUAUAAUAUUUAUUAUAUGCACAUUUCCAGGAGUUGAUAAUGUAGGCAUGUAUGAAUUAAAGGUGCUUCACUAGA